UUACUAAUUAGUACUUUUCUUUGCAACUUCUGGUUAUGAAAAACUAUUGCCUAACUAGCUAGCUAGUAAUUAAAAUAAGGAGUGCCCUCUUUAAAUUAAGUUCCAUCUAUUUAUAUAUACUAAGAUAAGCCGAAAAGUUUGGCAUGCUGUUAGAUUGUCAUUACAGUAACCGUAAUUUAAUUCUAGCUAAUUUGCUAAAGUACCAGCAAAAUGUAUCCUACAGUAGAUGAACAUGAUGAGGUAUAUGCAGCUCAUCAUAGACAUCCAGGGUAUGUUCUACCAGUUGUGGUGCCACCAAAUUAUGGCCCUCCUCAAAUUCCAUCCUAUGCUCCUCCAUACAUCAGCAACAGUGUUAGUGUAAGGGGUCCUGUGAUUAGGACACAGCGAUGGUCAACUGGUCUGUGCCGUUGUACUGAUGAUCCUGGAAACUGUUUGGUCACUUGCUUCUGCCCCUGUGUUACAUUUGGAUUGAUAGCAGAGAUAGUAGAUAAAGGCAAUACAACUUGCACUUGUGCUGGGGCUAUUUAUGGGACCCUACUAGCUCUGAGUGGGCUUGCAUGCUUGUAUUCUUGCUAUUAUAGGUCCAAACUGAGGGUACAAUAUGACUUACCAGAGGCUCCAUGUAUGGACUGUUUAGUUCAUUUCUGCUGUGAAACAUGUGCUCUAUGUCAGGAGUAUAGGGAGCUUAAAAACCGUGGAUUUGACUUGAGCAUAGGGUGGGAAGCCAACAUGGAAAGACAAAGGCAAGGAGCUAUAGUAUCACCAGUAAUGUCACAAUCUAUGACAAGAUGAAAAGUGAAACCUCUUUAGGAGCAUUUUGGUCUACCCUGAGAUCGAGCUGUUGGUUGGUGCUGUUAAUUUCAACUCCUUGUGGUGUGUGUCUAUAUAUAUAUAUAUAUAUAUAUAUAUAUAUAUAUAUAUAUAUUCUGUUUGCUGCUUCGUUUGAGUUUUGUUUUAUCAGGAGUUGGUUUGAGUGUUUUUAUUAUUCAAAAGAAAUGAACAUUUGUGUCAAAUUAUCUAAUCCACAGUUAUCAGGCUUUAUCUUUUACUUAGACAUCGAUCCAUUCAAGUUCCAAUCUUAAA